AUGUUUGCCCUUGCUCAACAAAAAAGUACACUAGAGCUUGAUACAUGGCGUUAUACAAUUGUUACGAUGCCACUUGAACGUAAAACAUUGCUUAUUAAUGGUUAUGAAUAUCAUUUCGAUAAAAAGCUUGGUAGAGGUUCAUUUGGUGCAGUUUAUGCAGCACAUCGAUAUCCAGAUAAUAAACCAGUUGCUAUAAAAGUUGUAUCAUUAGCAACGAGGAAUAGUGCAGUAUCAUUGCAGAAUUCGGAAGCUGUACUUAAUGAAAUUGAAAUGGCAAGACGUUUAGCACAAACAUCCGAUCAUAUUAUACACAUGUAUGAUUUUGAUUUUCAUCGUCAUACAGGUCUAUCAUUUAUUGUAAUGGAACUUGGUCAGCAAGAUCUAGAAAGAUUUCUUUCACAUCGACGUUUCUUAACACCUGAUGAAAGAAAAAAUAUAUGGCGACAAUUAGUCGAUAUUGCUAACACUCUUCAUAAUUAUCAAAUUGUACAUUUCGAUAUUAAACCACAAAAUCUCGUUGUAUUUCCAGGUGGUAUAGUCAAAUUAGUUGAUCUUGGUAUUGCUCAGAAAGCUUUUCAAAGAAGAAUUGGUCCCAAUGGUAGUCAACCGUAUUCUGCACCUGAAGUAACAUUGAUAUCUCUUCGUCAUAUAACAAUAAAUACGACCAAGGCAGAUGUUUGGUCAUGGGGCGCUGUUCUUUUUCGUAUGACUUAUAUGACAGCACCAGACUACUUUGAACCAUGCUAUCAUCCUCCUAGAAAUCAACGUCAAACACGUGAUCCACAUCUUCGUGAUAUACUUCGAAAUACACUUGUCAUUGAUGCAAGAGCAAGACCUGAUCCUUCAUGGUUCCUUGAUCACCCAUAUACACUUUCAUUUUGA